GUGUGUUUCUUUCAGUUUUCCUUCGUGAAUAAGUGUAUGUUUGUGAGAAUGUAAACACGAUGUCUGUUUUCAUUACUUAAAGUAGUAAAAGGGCCGUCAUAUACACGGGAAUAUGAUUGAAAUUCUUUGUGAUUUCUCGAUAAAAUGAGUAACGAAGAGAGCGGCUCACAAGAAGUGACAAAAAAACCAAGGGUAGAUGCCGGAAAUGAGAAUGAUUUACCAGCGGUCAAUGUAGCUAUCACAAAGAAAGUCAGCAGCAAUGCUGCGGCAAAGGCUCUCGAACAAUUAUAUUUGAAUCCAAAUUCAGCUGAUGUUCAUUUUGUAUUUGGUGCGGACAUUGAACAACCGACUAAACUUCCAGCGCACAAGACUAUUUUGGCUGCCAUGAGCCCGGUAUUUCAUACAAUAUUUUACGGUUCACCAAAAGAAUGCGCUGAAGUUACUAUAGUGGAUGCGCCAGUCGAAGCGUUCGAAAAAUUUCUUCAAUUUUUCUAUCUUGCCGAUGUAUCAUUGACAUUCGAACAUAUUGAAAAGAUCAUGCAUCUUUGCGACAAAUAUAAGGUCAUGGAUUGCAUGCAUGCAUGUUCGACAUUUUUGGGUAAAAAUUUAUCUGUAAAUACCGUAUUCAUCAGCUAUAAACUUGGAGCCUUCUAUAAUCAGGAUAGUUUGGUGAAAAUGUGUGACGAAUUCAUUAAAUUCGAAACAUCGGCGGUGUUUAAGACGAAUGAUUUUUUGACAAGCAACAAAACAACGCUGGAAUAUAUUUUAAACAUGGGCACGUACAAUUGUUCAAUUACGGAGAUACUGGAGGCAUGCAUAAGAUGGGCAACGAAAUCAGCACAACUAAAUGAAUUAAGUGAAAAUUAUCUUAAACAAGUUCGUGAUCAACUGGGUGAGUUAUUUUUUCAGUUGCCAUUUGGUGCACUCUCACACACGGAAUUUUCCGAAAUCUUUACGCAAUACACUGACCUGUGUACGAACGAAGAACUCAAAGAUAUUAUUGGAAUUGCCGCAUCGGAUGCAUAUCAGCCGAAGUUCUUUACGCGAAAAAAGUUCUGGAAUAUUGGCGAAAGUAGUGGGAAUAAAGUCAACCGAAUUAUAUCGGAUAGUUUUCUCGUUAAGAAUAUCGAGACCACCACAUUUUCAUCGAACAAGUUUUUAUUGUUGAAAGGAUUUUUAUAUGCAAAUGUUUAUACAUUUGAUAAGGAAAAAUGGCAAUAUUUCAAAAUUGAUGAACAUUUUCCCACUUCAAACAUAACAAUUAUAGAGAAAAAUGUUGAUGAUGAAUCUCAAAAUGUGAAUGACACAAUACUGUUCAGCGGUGAAACUAAGCUGAGUAGUCAUGGUAAGAAUCGAGUUGAUUUGACUUCGCCGAUCAUCAUAAGGCCGUGGCUUAAGUAUGAGAUUCGAUUCGAACAACAACAGAUACCACCGUCAACUUAUACAUUUUCAACACUUAAGACGGCACUUUGCAUUGAACCGGACAUUAACAUUCAAUUUUAUCCCGAUAGAAACUUGAAUUAUGACAACACCUCCACCGGCAUGGUCGCUGAUUUAUUAUUGAUCGAACAUCCCACAUGCAAUAGUAGCCAACUUCAAAGUGGUAGUGAUCAAAGUAGUCAGCUUCCAAUGCCGGUUAAUCCGCCCCCAAAUAGAAAUGAUCAGCCUUCAACUAGUGAUCAUGCAGUUAAUCAGAAUACAUUAAAUCCUGUUCCGAAUCCGUCUAUUCGUGGCUCAUUGCCUCAUUUUAGGUUGAGACGUCUGCAAGCGAAUCCGAGGUUCCAGAAUAAUUUUCAAGGCAUCCAAGCUAAUCUGCAAGGUAUUCAGCAAGCUCUCCAGGGUUGGAUAGCUAAUUUACAACCGCCUGGUGGUCCUGCGAACGCGCCAUAAUGAAUAAUGAUACAAGUUAUUCAUGUCUUUUAGAUGUAUACAAGACAAAAACUUUUCGAAUACUACUACUAUUGUUGUCAUUCCAUUGGUAAUCAUAAUAUGAUAUUAAAUACUGGAAUAUCUCGCUGACAAUAUCUCAAUACAUUGUCUGAUUAAAAAGUAUAAAAAUUACUUGAUGUACACUCGAAAUGCAUUCGAUAUCCAAAUAAUAAUAAAUAUGUAACGUGCGAGUAUAAAUUGUUGCUA